AUGGCCGUCGUGGAGGUGAACCACCGCCGCAUCCGCGCGGCGAGCCUCAGCCCUGAGGAGGUGGAAUCGAAACGGUGGGAGAUUCUCGCCCGCCUCACGGAGGGCCUCCGCGGCGACGAUCCAACCCUGCAGAUGGUGGUGGAAACGAAGCCCCAGGCGGGGCUCCCUGCCGUGCGGGAGGUUUUCUUUGAAACCAUCCGGCAGGGUGGCGAGCGGGGGGUGCUCAUCCUGGAGCGACCUGCCACAACGAUCCCGUGGGGGCUCCAACUCACCGCGCCCCCAGACACGCCGCCACUUCUCACGAACUUCUCGGAUAAACUGCAGCUCUCGAAGAAGGCAAAAAAUUUCCUCUUCGACCACCGCGGGCGAUUGCGGGUGGUGAGCGUGAACUACCGAGAUACGCAUCGGCAUUUUACGACGGAGCAGCUAAAGCAGUACAUGUCGGUAUCGCUUCUUCUUGCGCUCUCGCUGGAGGUGGCGGACCCGCCAAGCGAAGGGCUCGAGGGUGCGUCUUUCUUUGGCGAUGAGCGGGAUUCCAACGAGGCUGCAAAGGACCCGGCGAGUUCCCUGGGCGCCGGAGAAGCCUAUAAGACGCGGACGAAGGCAGAUGAAAGGGUCGACCAGAUUCGAUUAGACCAUGAGGAGACGACGGAGGAGUCGGCUGGCGACGUUAUUGAUCGCGAUACGAACCUUGUUGGAGACAAGAAAGGCCUGGGAGACGUGGAUGCUCCCGACCCUGAGGUGGAUGAUUGGACAACCCCCAAAGAUUCGCUGUCUGAGCAGCAAGACAACACCUUGGAAGACACGCAAAACGGAUCCCCUGAGUACGAUGCGGAGCCUGAGGAGUAUGAUAGUUUGGAAGCUGAGCUAGAGUCCCCCUCCGCUGCGGAGGAUUUAGAUGAGACGAGGGGGGUUCCUGAUGAAGGCUUGUCGGGGAAAAGUGACUCUGCUGAGCUUCAGGGUGCGGAAACAGAAGAGACAAGCCCGGAAGAGGGCGUUUCAGCCCCGAAAUCAAAUUCAAAGAAAGAUAAAGUGACAUCCAAAAAAGAUAAAAAGUCGAAGAAAACUCCCAAAAGUAAGAAAAAAUCAUCCACGAACGAGCGCAAAAAGAGCUCGAAGAGAGGGGAGGCAACGACUUCGGAGGAUGAGAAUGAUGCUAUCGAUGAAGAUGGAAUCAGUCGCGAGGAAAUAGAUGAAGCCAUAGAACCGUCAGGCGUGGGGAAUCCCAAGACCCUCAACGACCGCAACGCGGCAGCCGACACGCCGUUACUCGAGCCGAAACCAACUUCCGCGGAAAUUGCCAUGCGGGUAGCCGAAGAAGCCCGCCACAACGCCAGUGAUUCCCACAAGACAAAGAAGAGUAAAUCCUCCAAAGAUCCCCUUCCAGAGGCCUCGGAGCGGGGUGCAGCUCCUGGCGAGGAUGCACCUUUGGUGGAUUCGUUGAAAACCUCUGCGGAGGUGGCGAUGGAGGCUGCGGGAAGGGGGGGUGUAAACGGCGAGAUGCCGGCCGUUACCCCCUCCGCACCUUCCGACGUGGCGACGGCAGAGAAUGCCUCCGUUUCCAUCACACAGCUGCUCGCAACGCCCCCGCUGCGGUUUGACAACGACGUGAUCGCGAACAAAUUCGACGGUACGAUGCUGGAGCUCUCUCGGCCAUCCACUGAGGUGCCGUGGAACAUCAAAAUGGCGUUUGUUGGAGACGAGGUUUUGCUGUCGAAGCUGCCGUCCGUCGGGAAUGAGCGGAAGGAUCAUCCCUAUCUCAGGUAUCUUGGCGCGAUGCCGGACGGCAACGUGCGGUGCAUGGUGGAAUCCAUGAAUGGGGUCGACCUACUGGUGGCUAGCAAGUUAGAAAAGACGAAGCUAAUGGACACAGUGAAGAAGAGCACAAAGUUAUCUAUGAUUCUGAAAGUAUUACGUUAA